CGAUCCGACUUGCUCCUCGCUUCCACUGAGAGUGAUUCAUUUUAAGUCAGCUUACACUGGGGGAAAGUCUCUGCAAGCGCCACAGUUUUGCACACGGUUCAAGUCACAAGGCGCACUGAUGAAUCGAGCCCAAAGCUCUCUUUUGCACACCGACUUCCCGCAUGGUACCUUCAAACAAACGCAGCAGCUUCAAUUACUCGCAUCUGCCUCUGAGUUAAGACAUCUUUGAAUCAUUUUUUAAAGCUUUUUUUUUAUUCCCCCUCCAUCUUCUCUCUAAUUGAGUCAUUUCCUUCAGCUGUUGACCGCCUCAAUUUGUCAGCCAUGUUUCAAACGAGGGAUCCUGAGAAGUUUCACCUGGUGACUGAUGGAAAAAUUAACUACUCUAACGGGGGAGGCCCUCACAGACUCGAGACAAUGAAGCAAAAUCUCACAGGUGACAUCAAGCACUGCCAUGACAACAGCCACGCACAGGAAGACCGUGAGCGGGAGAAGAAAAUCGCCAGGAAGCGAUUGUAUGUGGUCUCGGUCAUCUGCCUGAUUUUCAUGAUAGGCGAAAUCCUCGGUGGGUAUUUUGCAGGAAGCCUUGCGGUGAUGACCGAUGCGGCCCACCUGCUUGUAGACUUCACUAGCUUCAUCAUCAGCCUGCUGUCACUCUGGCUCUCCUCCAGACCGGCAACGCACAAACUCAGCUAUGGUUGGCACCGUGCAGAGAUUCUGGGUGCAUUGCUGUCAGUUCUAACCAUCUGGCUGGUAACAGGAGUGCUGGUUUACCUGGCGGUGGUGCGCCUCAUCAGUGACGAUUACACCAUCGAGGGCACGGUCAUGCUCAUCACCUCCGGCUGUGCCGUUUUGGCCAACAUUAUCAUGGCCCUCACGCUUCAUCAGUCGGGCCACGGCCACAGCCACGGAGGACUCGCUUCUCAUGGCCACAGUCACGCAGACGUGGAGAAAGAAUCGGCCAAUCAAGGGCGCCGGGUGCAGCAGGUGAACGCCAGCGUGCGUGCUGCCUUCGUGCACGUGGUGGGGGAUCUUCUCCAGAGCCUCAGCGUGUUUGUCAGCGCCAUCAUUAUCUUCUUCAAGCCAGAAUAUAAGAUGGCGGACCCCAUCUGCACCUUCCUCUUCUCCAUAUUGGUCUUGUGCACCACCUUCACCAUCAUGAGAGAUAUUCUGAUAGUCUUAAUGGAAGGUACCCCAGCAGGGGUGAGGUAUGGCGAGGUCAGGGACGGUCUGCUAGCAGUCAAAGGGGUCACGGCCGUCCACAACCUUCACAUCUGGGCCCUCACCGUCAACCAGGCUGUUCUGUCUGCACAUGUAGCCAUCGACGAGUCGGCGGAUGCUCAGACCGUUCUACGAGAGAUGACCCAGGCUUGUUACUCCUCUUACAACUUCCACACGGUCACCAUCCAAAUGGAGCGACAGGCGGACCUGAAGCCUGGGUGCAACCUGUGCGAGGACCCGAAGAUGUAGCCUUGCCCGUCCGUCGGUAUCCCGGUUAUUCGAGUCUUCUUUCAGUAUUGGCCGAUGCUGCAGUGAUAUGUGGACUCUUUUUUUUUUUUGUACUCGUAUUUUGAUAUUUUCCCGUGAAGUACUUGUGUGGAACUACUGAUGAGCUUGUAACUGGAAUGAAAAACCACACGGAAGCUCCAUAACUGUCUUAACUGUACCUCUAUUAAAGUGUAUUCAAUAAAUUAGUACAUGAAUAAC